UAAUUUACUUUGCAUUCAUUUUCAGUUGUGCGCCAACUUGCAGGAUCCUUUGAAAAUCAAGUUAUGUGAUGCUAUACCUUGCUUCUGACCUGCUCCAUUGGAGUCGUUGGUGCACUGUGGUUUAACACUGCUUUUUGAAGACUUCAAUGACGUAAAAUCAGAUCUUCUCUCCGCCCCUGAAGAAGCAGGAAGAGUGCAGCCUCAAAAAGCCCAGUGCCUUCCCACAGCGUGAGGGGAAAGAAUCCUUUGGGUUAGUGCCGACAGAAGCCCACCCUGGCGUGGUUUUGGGGUGGCACAGCUCGAGGCAUGACUGAGCAGACAAGGGCCGUCGGACACCUCGGGAUUCGCGCUCGCUCGCUGCUCGUGGUGUGCCUGUGGCAAUGGGCACAGCACUCGCUGGCAAUCCCCUGCGAGCGCGGGGAACUGCGGAUCGUCGGGAAAGGCAACGAGAAGUGCUGCCCCAAAUGCUUCUCGAGUGCAGGAGACAACAGCCCAUGUGAAGGCAUUGAGGACAAAGACUGCAAAUGUCGUCAGGGGUACAGCUGCAGCGGCAGUUCGUGUCGCUCCUGCAGCAAACUGCCUGAGUGUGGAGAGGGUGAAGAGCUGGUUCAGCUUGGUGAUUUUGACUUCACCUUCAAAUGUAAACCCUGCAAGAUAGGAACGUAUUCCAAUGUUAAGAAUGGCUGGUGCCGUAACUGGACUGACUGUGAAGGUUCUGGAUUUCAAACAAUCAAGCAAGGCAACAGUACACACAACACAAUGUGUGGUUUCUCUUCGAAAGAUCUGGAGCAAGCUCAUAUUACCCGUGACUCUCUAUAUACCACCGUCCUGGCCAUCCUUACAGCAGUGGCUGUGUUUGUUCUCAUCCUGCUGACCUUCUUCUUGCAUUUCUGCAUCUGGUCACUGAAGAAAGAGAAGUCCCACACAGCUAAAGAUCUGGAACGUAACUUCUGUAGGCUGCUGGAGGCUCCGCAACUGUCACACCAACGAGAGGAGACUUACAGCUGCCAGUUUCCAGAAGAAGAACACGGAGGCAAAACACCAGAAGAAAAGCCGUGCUAUUUCUACCUUCAGAGUCUCCAAUGAAAGCAGAUGGAUUGCAAUGUGUUGUGAGGAUUGGGAGCUGAGCUCAGUCUUUUAAAAAAGCAAAAAAAGAAGGGAGAGGCUGGGUAAAGCAUUGUUAUACACAUAGCAAUAAGGAAUGGGCUUGGAGGGAGUUUCAUAUUGCCUCUUCUCAACACAACCUAGCAUUUACAAUCAAGAGAAACCACGAGGUCAGCCGGACAUUCAGUUCAGCUGCAUUGUGAGUUUCCUGGGUCGUUGGCGUUUCUUUUUCAUUGAUGCUCUCUUCAAAUUUCUUUGGGACGAGGGACCCUUCUUGUCGUUAUUCCCCUUUGCAUCUUCUGUGCACGCCUCUGUGGUGCUCCUACCAAUGAAUACGUAGCAGGCUGGUGUCCCCCCAUCAGUCCCUCCAGCGCUACAGGAAAUACAACAGCACCUACAGCACACCCUGACAGCGUUCCCAGGGUAUCCGUAUCCCCAGGAUGUGUCCUGAUGGUCCUAUUUGAGGGAAUAAGGCACCAUAUCUAGCGACCUUAUCGGCUGUUCUCCAAGCAGACAGUGCUUUUCCCUCCUGUCACAUUCCCUCAGUGUUAUGCAGCAAAGGGUCAUUAAUUAAUUAAGGGGCUCAAAUCAAAGGAUCUCUUAAUCAAUUCAGUACUCUCCAGUCCUCACAGAAGGGGGUGGUCGGGCUGGUGUCAGUGCACAGAAGUGCUGACGUGAGGCUGCCAUGGCCACAUCAUCUGUGCCUGCAGACAUUUCUCCUUAUGAAAGCUCUGUGAUCCCUCCAACCCUCCCGAGAAACCAAGGGAAGAAGGGAGUUACAUUUAUCUUCCUUGUCUUCUAUAACUCAGUAAUCCUCAAUGCCUGGAAUACUGAAUUACAAAACAGGGACUUCUGAAAGGCUCAAAUGAAGAUCGCGAUGUCUAGAGAAAGACAUUGGGCUUAAUGCUCUCUUCUCACCUAAUUGAUAGAGUAGGGAAAAAUCAAUGGAAAAUAGAUAAAAGCUCAACAUUUGUUCUUGAUGGUUUUUUCUUCUCACUCCAGAAGAAGAAUCAUGGAAUGGUUUGGGUUGGAGAGGACCUUAAAGCCCAUCUGGUUCCAACCCCCCUGCCAUGGGCAGGGACACCUGCAGCAUCAGGGUGCUCAAAGCCCCAUCCAACCUGGCCUUGAAGAACCAAAGUGUCUGCUGGUGCGUGCCAGCAUAGCUCCACUGCCUUCCUCAUCAGCUGAACGGUGUUCUCUUUAUGGAAAUAUGUACCAUGGAAAUUUUUUUUUUAUAUUAGAUUAAUGUUCCUCCAUUUUCAUAGAGCUCUAACGUGGCCAGAAUGAAGGGUUUUGCCUGAAUUUGAAAGGGCAGGGGUUUGGCGGGAGUUGGUUGCUUUCUGUGAUUGACACUCAUUUCAAAUAGCAUCUCUUCUGUGCCUUCAAUGAGUUAAAGCACGUGUGUCUUUUGUAUAUAAUUAUUUUUGUGUUAUGUGACGGCAAUAAUAGUUUCAAAGCUCUGGAUGCCUAUGGUUUGGCCUUUUGGUGGAAGCUGCUCGGAGCAGACUCCUGCGACUGAAUCAGCUCUGGGCAAAAAAUGAGCUUUGCCUCAGCCUUCACAUGAGAGGCUAUAAAUAUCUCAGAGCAGAGCCUGGACUUCAGCUUCCUCGUGAUUUCUUCCAGAUAACGUAAGCAGUUAGGGCUUAUUUCCUAACAGAAUAAUGAAAUUUCUGCUAAUCCCCUUACUGCACACUGAGAGGGGAUUACCGAGGGAUGUGCUGCCUUAAGGAGGGCUCUGGGAAAUUGCAAUAGCUGAAGUUAUUGCCUCCGCAGAUGUGUGUUACAAAAGCACUCGGACAGAGGAUCCUAAGAAGUGGGACAGGUUAUUACCUUGGUAAGCCAGUGACAUCGCCUCUGUGCCCUGAGGCAG